AGAACGUAUUGUAAUCUUCUCUCAGUCCAACGUGGUUCCUUCUCAUAGAGUGUUGCUUCUUCUCUGCACUUGUUUGCUUUAUGAAGUGUCAAUGAUGAAUUUGGAACAAGAAAGGCCAUUUGUUUGUAAUGCCCCAGGCUGCUCGCAGCGCUUUCCUACCGAGGAUCACCUGAUGAUUCACAGACACAAGCAUGAAAUGACUUUGAAGUUUCCAUCUAUAAAAAAUGAUAACAUAUUAUCAGACCAGACACCUACACCCACUCGGUUUCUGAAGAACUGUGAAGAAGUUGGCCUCUUCAAUGAGCUGGACUGUUCCAUAGAGCAGGAGUUCCGAAAGGCACAGGAGGAAGAAGACAGCAAGCAAAACAUUUCACUGCACAGUACAGCAGGACCAUCUCCACACCAGCCUGCCCAAGCAAGGAUGUCGAACCACGACACCAGCAUUGUUAUACAGCAGGCCUUACCCUCUCCACAGUCUAGCUCUGUCAUCACCCAAGCACCUUCCACCAACAGACAGAUUGGGCCUGUUCCAGGCUCGCUGUCCUCACUGCUGCACCUUCGGAACAGACAGAGACAGCCUCUACCUGCCUCAAUGCCUGGCACCCUGCCUGACCCUCCUAUGCCUGGAUCCUCUGCAGUAUUAAUGCCAAUGGAAAGGCAGAUGUCAAUGGGCUCCAGUAUCAUGGGACUUCAGGGUCCAAACCUCAACAACAACUGCUCUUCAUCCCAAGUCCCUACAAUGCAUUCAGAAGCUAAACUGAGGCUGAAGGCAGCACUGACUCACCACCCUGCAGCCAUGCCCAAUGGGACCAUGAACACGAUGGGUCACAUGAUGGAGAUGAUGUCGGCUCGACAGGACCAGACUCCUCACCACCACCUGCACUCGCACCCGCACCCGCACCAGCCUCUGCAGCCUCCUCCACAUGCCUACCAGCACCAGCACCCCCCACCCCAUCAUCAUGGGCACCAUCAGCCCUCUCACCACCACCCACAGAGCCAUCAGCACCCCCACUCGCACCCGCAGCAUCUGCACAGCCACCCCGCACACCACCAGUCCUCGCCACACCAGCCUCUCCACUCUGGAGCACAGUCUCAGGUAUCACCUGCAGCCCAUCAGAUGCAGCCGACUCAGACACUGCAGCCUCCACAGGCCGCUGGGGGCCGGAGGCGGAGGGUGGUGGACGAAGACCCAGAUGAGAGGAGGCGGAAAUUUCUUGAAAGAAAUCGAGCGGCUGCCACGCGUUGCAGACAGAAGAGGAAAGUGUGGGUGAUGUCACUGGAAAAAAAAGCAGAAGAACUAACUCAAACAAACAUGCAGCUUCAGAAUGAGGUUACAAUGCUGAAGAAUGAGGUAACCCAGCUGAAACAACUUCUUUUGACGCAUAAAGACUGUCCAAUCACAGCCAUGCAAAAGGAUUCACAAGGUUAUCUAAGUCCAGAGAACAGUCCUCCUGGGAGUCCGGCUGCAGUCUGUUCCCAGCAGCAAGUAAUCCAACACAACACCAUCACCACCUCCACCACUGUUGUUGGAGAAGCUGUAGGCAGCGCCGCUUUAAACCAGCUGACCAACCACAGAACUGACAUGAACCCCAUCCUUUAAAAUACGAGUGAUGGAACAUGGUCGCAGAAAACGUGCAAAAACCAUUUUCUCAUUCAGGAUAUAUAUUUUUUAAGAAAAAAACCUAUGAAGCCUGGAAUCAAAUUUGUUUAAAGACUUUUUAUGUGUUUUAUAAAUUACUUUAACAUGUCCAUCUUUAUUAUGUUUGUUGACUGUCAUUUAUUUUAAAUGUUGUAAAAAGGGAGAAAUACAAUUUAUUCAGUAUAAUCUGGAAAACUGCUUCUUCUGGUACAGAUUUUUAGUGACAACCAAAGGAAGCCUUUAGUUUUGCUUCAAGCAUUGAAUGUUGCUUUCUCUUAUACUGCUCUAUAUUCAAACUAAUUAUUUAUUUUUCAGUAUUAUUAAAUGUCACAACUACAGCCAUAAAACUUUUUAAAGUUUUAAAAUAUCGUCUUCGGUAAUGCCAAAAAAUCUUAAAACAGAAUUUCACCUUUUACUAAACCUAAUGAAUGAUAACAAUGGAUGUCAAAAUUUGUGUUAUGCAAAAACGUUUCUUUCAUAAUUACAGAAUUAGAGUUCUUUAUCAGUAUAGGAUUUGGCUUUCUAGGCUUUUACUUUUGUUGAUAAAGACAACAAGGUUUUCAUAUGAGUAAAGGCAUGAAAAGUAGAAAGGGAAUAGUGUUACUGUGCUUCAGUUACUGAUUUCAUUUGAUGAGUCAGUUACUGAGAUUUUACUUAAUAGUUUGUGGUGUUUUCUUAGACUUUAAAAUUGUUUUUGCUCUUGUUCUUGUUGAUGUUAUAUUUAUUGUGAUACCCUUGUUUUAAAGAUUUAGGAGUUUAACAGGGGUACAGCAAUGCAAAAUAUAUAAAACAUCUAAAUUGUACAAAGUUGUGUACUUCCAUAGUGUCUGUCAGAGCUCUACUACCUUCUAUAGCUGCAUUCACAAGUGCACUGCAUAAUGCUACACAUAAUGUUUCUUUUUGCAGUUGUAAAAGAGUAGCAUCACAUCCAUUUCUUCACAGAACAUACUUCCAUGUUUAGUUUAACAAUAUGGGAAUGCCGUGGAAUGACCAAAUUCAAACAUAGUUUCAGAUCAUCACCUUUGCAAUAAACCCGUUUUUAUUACUCUGAAUACAAUGUCCUUAAAAGCAUUAACAUAUUUUUGUAUGUACAGACAGUCUGAAUAGUAAGCAUUUAAAUUGCAUUACAAAGGAGUUGUUAUAAAACUUCCUUAGUUUUAAAAAUUGGUUAUUUUUCUUAGUGCCAAGCUGUGGGUCAGAGUGAGGAGAGAAUUACUUGAAAAUCAGACUGAUAAAAGUCUAGGUUUCAGACCUAUUUCUGGAGGUCACUACAGCCUUUAAAUAUAAAUAGAGGGAAUUUUCAGACAGAAAUGGAACUAAAUAAAAUUUGGCAUAACUCUUGACCUGGAGGCUUGCAGUCUCUGCAGGUUUUGAUUCCACCUUAAUGACCUAAUUGACCUAAGUAUUACCUUAACUAGCCUAAUUUAACAUUUCUCAAAGGUCUUCAGAUGUUGAUGAUUUAAACAAUCCUAAAAUACCCUGGUAUGGCCCUGAAGAAUACUAUGCACAUUAAAGUGCAAUCUGCAGAUUAUUGAUCCUGUGGUUUCAUAUUAGUUUUACAUAAAAACUACACCUAGUGUUCCUGCUUUAAUAUUUUAGAAAGUUUGGUUGCACCUAUGUAAGAAUUCAUGUGUGUUUCUGUUUCUUAUUUGCUCACAAAAGUUUUCAGAUUUAAUUAUGUAAAUGUUUGAGUGAAACAAAAUGAAACAAUGGAACAAGAGCACAAACCAGUUUUUGUACUAGCUAAGAAUUCUCCUUCAUUUACUUAUGCUCUUUAGCCACAGUGCCUGUGAUAAUAUUUGUAUUUUUCUUCUGUCAUUUGUUGACAGAUGAGUUUUGUAUCUUCUACUGGCUGGACUUAAGAAAACAAUUUGUCGAUAUUCAGUAGAAUAUCAAGUUACUUCAAAUCUCCUAUGCAAUGCAAAGAAUCUUUCUGUUGAUAAUUUAUAGGUGACAUUUUAAAGAUCUCUGCAAGCUAACCACACAUAAUUUCCUGUUGUUUUGCAUCUCAACCAUUGCCUUUUAUCUGCGCCCCAGGUUAUAUCUAAGUGCAUAAACAUAGGAAAGGAUGGUUUCCGGAAAUAUUAGCUGCUGUAGGUCUCUGAUAAGUCAUGACUAAAAACCAGGGGAGCUAAGGUCUAACCUACACAGUGCCUUUGUCAGAGCUACCGAACAAUGUAUUCGUACAUCACCGUUACUCAACUUCUUUAGUGCACUGUCAGACAGUAUAUGAUUUAUUGGCAGUCUUAUUUUGCAUAGGACAGGGAUCAACAAAUACUUUAGAUUAGGUUUUGUAUAGUUGGUGCUUACUUUGAAAUUAGAUGUAAUUAUUUAAAACCAAAAAUAAACGAAUCCAUCUGUACAUUCCACGAUAAGAAGAAAACAACUGUGUUUUAUGUAAGAUGUUAGAGAGUUAGAAGUGUAUUUAUACUGUUUUCCUGUAUAAUGGUACUGUACUUAAAAAUAUUAAAUCACUGAUCAUACUAGAAGCAGUUUUGUUACACACUAAAAAAAUUAAGGAUAAGGAGAGUUUGUUUAAGCAUAUUAAGAAAAAUUAUGAUGGUAAAGUGAGUAUUUUAGAAACUUCAGUUUAAAAGUAUUCUCUUCAUAGAUAUAUCAGUGUUUAUUAAUAAGACUAAUUUCAGAGAGGUUCAAGUAUAAUUGGCUAGAAUCAGCCAACCAUAUUUGAUAGUUUUCCACUGAAAAAUGGUAGACCACAUUAUCUUACUUCCAGAAAGUAGACAUGUUUAAGGUAGCAGCAGCUUUCUGUACCUUUGAAAUGUGCCUUUUGUUUAGAUCUGCAUGGAAAAAAAUACUAUUAGUAUGUACUGUACUUUUCAUCACAUACAUUUUGGCCCAAUAUUGGCAUUGGUUUUUAUGACUGAUAAAAUGUAUUUUCCCAUGAUAAAAUGUAUUUUCUCAAUUAUGCUUACUGCUACAAAGCGUAUAGUUGUAUAUUUCCCAAUUCUGAAUGACUUACUUGUCAAUACCUUUCUUUUCAAGGAUUUUAAUUUACCCAUUGACUGAUAAUGUAAGUUAAAAUCUCUUUUGGUGAUCAGACAUUUAAAGGAGUUGUAAGGUCCUGGAUGUAGCAUAUAUGAGGUAAAGUUAUCUAUUCAUCUACCUACUGUAGUUAAGGCGUAGAAGAGAAACCAUUGGCUUGCAAUAAAAAAAAUUAGUAGUCUCAUCUAGGUGUUAGAGUCAAGAUUCUUAAACAGUAUUAUCCACUAAGGCUCAGCAGAAAAAAACAGGAUGAAUAAUAAGCACCCAGAUGUUUUUUUUUAGUGUAUUCAAAGUCCAAUUUAUGCAGCUGCUUUGCAGUUUGUGAUUGAUCCUCAGACACUGCAGUUUUGAGAACUAAUAAAAACAUAUUUUCUAGAUCUCCCAAGUCAUGUAUACUGUACAUUACAGGGCUCAUGUAUGAAUCAAUUGGUGUUGUGUAAAUGUCUCCCGUCAUGGAGGACCUGGUCAGUUGGCACAGAGGAGCAUAACCCUUACCCUAACACUGUGCAUGCCUGUGACAGAUACACUCAUUAGCCCUUUUAAUAUUUAAUUUGAGAAAAUACAAGUCCAGAAUUGGUUACUUAUUGUGCUAUCCAUAAACAUAUUUUAAGUUUUAGAAGGUAUUUGAUCAGUGUGUCACCAUUAUACUUUGUCAUUUAGUUUUAUCAGGAUUUAAACAUUUUUCAGCAUAACAUAAUCUUCUGGACCUUGCACAGUUUUAUAAUAUUCCCUGCAGUGAAACAAAAGGAUUACAGGAGGUGGUUAACCCAGUUUUCUGUCAUAGUUAUAGUCAUAGUUAUCCUGCACAAAGGCAAUAUACUGUAGUUAAAAUUAAUUAAUUAGUUAAUGCUAACACUUACAAAGUGAACUACGUAAGAAUGCCAUUUUUUGCUAAGCUAAAACAAAUAGCGAUUUAAUUCAGAUUAACUUUUGCAAUGAACUAACAUUUUCUCCAGAUAUUAGUUUAUUUACAGUACUUAAUGUUCUUUAAUCCAUACCUUGAAAGCAGAUUCAACCGAGUUUUACAGAAAGCAGUUUAAAAACAUUGAUUAUAAGACCAGAGAAGCAAAAGCUCAUAAUCCACAAGAAAACAGCAUCACAUACAAGAGACAAAUAUCAUAAAAUGUUGAUUUGUUUCUUUGAUAAUUUAAAUUUGUUCUUUAAUAUUUACCUUUUAAGCUAGUUUGCAAUGAUCUACACAUGAAUUUAUGUAGCUUGUUUAUGCACUUUCUCUUCUGUGAUAGCAGAGGAUAAAAUGGCCAUAUGUUGGAAGUCAGUCAUUAUCUGUUAUUACACCAACUAAAGAGACUUGUAAUUAAGACUGUGUACCUAACACAUACUGUCAGAAAUAUAAUGGAACACAAUUACUAACCUAAAAAAAACAACAACACAUGAGGAACAUAAAUUUGAAUGCCUGCUGAAAUGAAAGAAAAUGUAUUCUUGUACCUAGCACUUCCCUUCAGAAGAGUACCACAGUAAAAGAGAAGUUUAAGCUUUGAAAUGUUUAAAUCAUCAGUUGUAUAAUCUUCUUGGUAAAAUUAAGAAUUUUUCAUCCUCCUUUCCUUAGAGUAGUAUUACCAAAAAUAAGUAUUAGUAAUAUUUAAAAAUGUAGCAAAGAUUGCAUUAUUUGAAAACUGUUUUCUGAUGUAAACUGGAAAUUUUCUUUUUAUGUAAUUUAGAUUGAACUGCAUGAUGUGCAAAGGUUAAUAAUAUAUAAAACUGAUUGUAAUUGUAAUCCCAAUAGGCCCACAUCAAAAUGAGUAGUCUCAUCUGGAUGUAAAGAGUCAAGAUUCUUAAACAGUAUUAUCCACUAAGAAUCAGCAGAAAAAAUCAGGACAAAGUUUUCCACAUUGCUUGCUUUAGUGUAAGAUUGCAUGAAAACAUUGUUUGAAAAAAAGUACGAAUCUCACUUCUUAUUUAAUAAAUUACUGUUCAAAACCAGUCUGCUAGUUUCAUUGACUGGAAGGUUUGUAAAACCUCUUGAUAACUGAUGAUCCAAUGUACAUAAAUCAAAAUAAUCUAAUCACUCCACAUAGCAGAAAUUGAACAACUACAGUACUAAUUUCCAUUUUGCUGGCUUAAACUUUUUUUAACUGGAACUCAUAUAGAGGUCAAACAAAACAACCGAAAUUGACUAAAAAAUGCAUUGGUCUAUUAAAUAUGAAAGAAGAAUGUGGUAGGGCCAUUUUGUAAAACUUGUAUGGUUGGUAAUCAGCUGUGACGUACUUUUUGCAUUCAUUUUAAACUGCUACUUCCAGAUGUUCUUCAGCAUUUUCAUUUGGUAGUGGAAUGGUUGGGAAAGCAUGUGGACUGUGCUUUGCAAAUAUCUGAAAGCUAAAGAAGUGGUUUCUUUUUUUUGUUGGAUAAUGCCUAUAUAUAUAUAAAUAUAUAAAUAUUGUAUAAAAUUUCAAACUUUUUUACCCUGUAUAUGUAAUACAACCACCUUCCUUUUUUGGAAGGAGUAAAGCUUUGGUACAUAUUUGUAAAUAUCUUUACAUAGCACUUAAUACUUUUGUCAAACUUAAUUUUUUCCUCCUUUUUAAGGCACGGUUAUUGUUAAUAUUAAGCAAUGAAUUCAUACAUGUCUGCUUUGUAUUGUACAUUUUUAUGUUUCUUAAUUUCAUGAUUUUUAUUUUCAUUUGUACAGGAAUUAAAU